UGCGCCGUUCACUCCAGGGCUCCACUGUCAUGGCGCUGACGAACUGAAGCUACCGGGGCAGAUCAGGAAGCAAAAGCGGCGCAGCUGCUUCAACGUUGUCAAUUAACUGAGUCUGCGGAGCUUCCCGAGGAGCAUCGAGCCCACCUCCGUCCUUUACCUUUCCCCCAUCGCUGCAGCAGAUGGGACUUUAUCCCUGCCUUUGUGGAGAGUUUUUCGGCUGAGUGUCAAGUGAGUGAGUGGACUCGGUGACAGCAGCAACUUCCACAGCUGAAGGGGAGAAAUUAAAGUGACUGUAUCCAGAGGAGGAACCAGGUGGACGUUGCCCGCUUCGAGUCGCUUUCUACCUGCGGUUCUUCACGGGUUUGAACCGCAUCAAUUAAUCCGUGCGGUAUCAAGUUACGGAGCGAGCAGGGCAGAGGAGAGGAGUAAGUCAGUGUGGGUGACAUUUCCAACCACCGACACAAUCCCUGCGCUUUAUCCAUCGCUCGUUAAACUACUUUAAAUGGGAAGAAAUGGAUGUAAUUAUGUGUCUUUAGGCUGCUCGCACUUAAUCUGAAGGAGAGACAGAAGAGCCGUUUUUUUUCUCCUCCUUUUUCCACGUCGGCGGCACCCUCGCCAUUGGAGGUGAACAGGUGCGUUACCUGUGAACGCCACCUGUCCCGUCCUUCCUUAGCAAUGGCUAGCGCGGAGGCGGCGGGCGCAGCGCAGCCAGGUGAUGGAAAGGACGGCCGAUCAGGCUCCAUGCAGCUCAACCCCGCGGUGCCCAUCAGGGGAAUCAGGAUGAAAUUCGCCGUGCUGGCCGGCCUGGUGGAAGUUGGGGAAGUUUCCAACCGAGACAUCGUGGAGACUGUGUUCAACCUGUUGGUUGGAGGUCAGUUUGACCUUGAAAUGAACUUCAUCAUCCAGGAGCCGGAGAGCAUCGUGUGCAUGGUGGAGCUGUUGGACAAGUGUGAACCAACCUGUCAGGCUGAGAUUUGGAGCAUCUUCACUGCCAUCUUAAAGAAAAGUGUACGAAACCUGCAGGCGUGCACUGAAGUGGGGCUAAUCCAGCAGGUGUUGCACAGAAUAGCUGCAACUGACAACAUGAUUGCAGACCUGCUGGUGGACAUGUUGGGUGUGCUUGCCAGCUACAGCAUCACAGUGAAAGAGCUAAAGCUUUUCUUCAGCAAGCUGCAAGGGGAAAAGGGCCAGUGGCCGCCUCAUGCAGUAAAGCUGUUGGCCGUUCUAAAGCACAUGGCUCACAGGAACGGUCCAGACUCAUUCUUCAGUUUUCCUGGGAAAAAUGCAGCGGCUAUAGCUCUACCCCCCAUUGCCAGAUGGCCGUACCAGAAUGGAUUCACAUUCCACACAUGGAUCCGAAUGGAUCCUCUAAACAACAUCAACGUCGACAAAGACAAGCCUUAUCUAUACUGCUUCCGCACCAGUAAAGGCAUGGGCUACUCUGCACACUUUGUGGGCGGCUGUUUGAUAGUGACCUCAUUAAAAUCAAAGGGCAAAGGGUUCCAGCACUGUGUGAAGUACGACUUCAAACCACAGAAGUGGUACAUGGUGACUCUGGUUCACGUCUACAAUCGAUGGAAAAACAGCGAAAUAAGCUGCUUUGUGAACGGAGAGCUGGCCUCCUUUGGAGAUAUUGCCUGGUUCGUCAACACCAGCGAUACUUUCGACAAGUGCUUCCUUGGAUCAUCUGAGACGGCAGACGUGAACCGUGUCUUCUGUGGACAGAUGGGGGCAGUUUACCUGUUUGCAGAGGCUCUCAGCGCUGCUCAGAUCCUGGCCAUCUAUCAGCUGGGUCCUGGCUACCAGGGCACAUUCAAGUACAAGGCAGAGAGUGACCUGCUAUUUGCAGAGCAUCAUAAGACCUUGCUGUACGACGGGAAGCUGUCCUCUUCUAUUGCCUUCACCUACAACCCCUGCGCCACUGAUGCCCAGCUCUGCCUUGAGUCCUCCCCGAAGGACAAUGCCUCCAUUUUUGUCCAUUCUCCGCACGCUCUCAUGCUACAGGACGUGAAAGCUGUGGUGACUCACUCUGUUCAGAGUGGCAUUCACUCCAUCGGAGGAGUGCAGGUCCUCUUCCCUCUGUUUGCACAGCUGGAUUAUUACCAGCCCACCAGCAAAGAGCCUGACACCUCUGUCUGCUACACGUUGAUGUCCUUCAUGAUGGAGCUCUUGAAGAACUCUGUGUCUAUGCAAGAGCAGGUCCUGGCCUGUAAAGGCUUUCUGGUCAUUGGCUACACCCUGGAGAAGUCUUCCAAGGUACACAUCACACGGCCCGUCCUGGACAUUGUUCUGGCCUUCUCCAGAUACCUGAGCAGCCUGCAGAAUGGCAUCUAUUUGCUUAAGCAGCUAUGUGAUCACAUUAUGUUCAACCCUGCCAUCUGGAUCCAUGCCCCUGCCAAGGUGCAGCUGACUCUCUACACGUACUUGGCGACAGAGUUUAUCAGCACGGUAACCAUCUACAACGCGGUUCGCAGGGUAGGAACCGUGCUUCAGGUCAUGCAUACACUAAAGUACUACUACUGGGUUGUUAAUCCUCACGACCGCAGUGGAGUCACACCUAAAGGCAUUGAUGGUCCAAGGCCAAGUCAGAAGGAGAUACUCUCUUUGAGAGCUUUUCUGCUGCUGUUUAUCAAGCAGCUUAUCAUGAAGGAUCAUGGUGUGAAGGAAGACGAACUGCAGAGUAUCCUCAACUACCUCCUUACCAUGCAUGAGGAUGAAAAUCUCAUCGAUGUGCUGCAGUUGCUGGUUGCUCUGAUGUCUGAACAUCCUGGCACUAUGGUCCAAGCCUUUGACCAGCGGAAUGGGAUACGUGUUAUUUAUAAGCUCCUGGCGUCAAAAAAUGAGGGGAUAAGAGUCCAGGCAUUAAAGGUCAUGGGCUACUUCCUGAGGAGCUUGUCCCCAAAGAGGAAGUCUGAGGUCAUGCUGACUUCCGGCCUUUUUUCGCUGCUCUCAGAACGCCUGAUGCUUCACUCCAACCCGUUCACCAUGACAACCUACAACAGCCUCUUUGAGAUUUUGACCGAGCAGAUCUGUACUCAAGUGAUCCACAAGCAACAUCCAGACCCCGACUCCACCGUGAAGAUUCUCAACCCUCAGAUCCUGAAGGUAAUCGCUGCUCUCCUAAAGAACUCUCCCCAAUCGCCUGAGAGUAUGGAAGUUCGCAGGGUGUUUCUGUCAGACAUGAUCAAACUGUUCAAUAACAGCCGAGAGAACCGCAGGAGCCUGCUGCAGUGCUCGGUGUGGCAGGAGUGGAUGCUCUCCCUGUCCUUCGUCAACCCCAGAAACAACGAGGAGCAGAAAAUUACUGAGAUGGUGUACGCCAUCUUCCGCAUCCUGCUAUACCACGCCAUCAAAUACGAGUGGGGCGGCUGGCGCGUCUGGGUGGACACCCUGUCCAUCACCCAUUCCAAGGUGACAUUUGAGCAGCACAAAGAAAGUUUGUCCCGCAUGUUCCGUCAGUACCAGCAGCAGGGCUCUACAAGCUCUCGGAGCACCAUCCGUACCAUCUCUGGUGUCAGCCAAAGCUCUGAAGACUCGAAAUCUGUUAACGGGCCACUUGCUGAAGAGAUAGCACCCUCAACGGCCAUCAAGCUCACAGUAAACACAGAGCCUCAACGUUCCAUGGAGUCUGCAUCUAGUUCCACUAUUGCCUCAACACCAGUGGAGGCUGCAGAGGAAAGAAACACUUCAUCCAGCAAUGUGACCAACAUCCCACCCAGCACCGAGCAAGGGCAGGAAGUGAAAAUGGACGAGUCCUCUGGAGAUCAAUCAAAUGUUGACAAAGAAACUGGAGCUACUGUGAUGCACCAAAAUGUAGAAAAACAGGAGGAAUCAGUUAAACCAGCAACCGAGAAGAGCAACGAGGAUCCAGAAACGGCUGGAAGUGUUCAGAGUGGAGCUGCUGGUGCAAAUACCAAGGAGGUGGUGAAAGACUCUGUUGUUUCAACCAAUGAUGAUGCAGAGACCCAGGAUGAAAAAGGUGAUCCACCUUCUACAGCAGAACAACAUUCUGGGGUGUCUGAAGAAGGAGACCAGGUUGAGCAAAUGUCCCCUGAACCUUCAGCUUCUCUGGAGAACAGUGUUCUGGGCGGAGCCUCUGUCUUAAACGAGGACUUGGUUGACGUGUCGUCAAUCAGUGACCAGAUUAACCCAAGCGAUGUAGAUGAUAGUCAAGAAGAUUCCUCCUAUGUUUCAGCUGCUACAGGAGAGGAAGGAGAACUAUUUAAAAAAGAGGAAGAUAAGCAAGAAGAAGAUGGUAGCAAAACAAAAGAGCUCCAAAAAGAAGGGACAGAAAUGGUCGAUGGCAAAAAGGAAUUAGAGACUGUUGGGAAAGAAGCAAAGGAAGCAUCUGUAGAGAAUCAGGUGUCUUGCUCAAAAAGUCAGACAUCUCCCGCUGAAACAGAGGAUCAAAGUGUCAAAGAACCCACCAAAGAAAAUGUAAAUGAUUCACAGUCUUCCUCUGUAGCGGAAGGUGCUGCUACAGACCAGCAGGCCUCAGAUGUUUCAGCAAUUCCUUCAGUCCAGGACGCUCCUGCAGCUGCAGAGGUAACCUCACAAGACCCAGCUUCAAAGUCCAGUGAGCUCACUGCAGAGGGGACCCUCGCUGGUGCCCCCGACAGCAGCACUGCCAGCUCUAGCUCUACCACCAGCAAGGGCUCAAAUUCUGCCCCCAAGACCAAAGAGAUUAAAAUCGCCCGACUUGACGUGGCAAACGUGGCCAUCGAUACAGAGAGACUUGAACUGAAGGAGACCCCUGCCGCAGAAUCAGGCCAAGCAGCAUCACCAGGAGCAGCAGCAGGUGAAGCAGUAAGUCCAUCAGGCAAAGCAGAAGAUGGCAGCACCUCGGCUCCUCGCUCCACCAUGUUCCGCAUCCCAGAGUUCCGCUGGUCCCACAUGCACCAGCGCCUCCUAACUGACCUACUUUUCUCCAUUGAGACAGAUGUGCAGGCGUGGAGGAGCCACUCCACUAAAACAGUCCUGGACUUUGUGAACAGCAGCGAGAACGUUGUUUUUGUCCACAACAGUAUUCAUCUUAUCUCCCAGGUUGUGGACAAUCUUAUCAUGGCUUGUGGAGGUAUUUUACCUCUGCUGUCUGCUGCCACGUCUGCCUCGCAUGAACUGGAGAACAUUGAGCCGUCCCAGGGUCUGCCAGUGGAGGCUUCGGUCACCUUCUUACAGCGCCUCAUCAACCUCGCAGACGUGCUCAUCUUCGCCAGCUCCUUAAACUUUACCGAGAUUGAAGCUGAGAAAAACAUGUCAUCAGGGGGAAUCCUGCGUCAGUGCCUUCGCCUUGUGUGUGCUAUAGCAGUCAGAAACUGCUUGGAGUGUCAGCAAGCCCAGUUUAAAGGUGCAGAGGGUUCAUCAAGAAGCUACACCGUCAUUCCCAGCACCGCAGUUGGAACCGCCAAGUCUGCAUCUGCACAGAGUCCUGUGGAUGCAGUGACGGGUGGUGUGACAACAGUCAGAGAUCUGGACCGGCUUCUUCAGGACAUGGACAUUAACCGCCUCAGGGCCGUCGUGUUCAGAGAUAUUGAGGACAGCAAGCAGGCUCAGUUUCUUGCGCUAGCAGUGGUCUACUUCAUCUCAGUCCUCAUGGUGUCAAAGUAUCGUGACAUCCUGGAGCCCCACAAUGACAGGAAACACCCUCUUCGCUCGCAGUCUUCCAGGAGCACAGACAGCGGCGCGGUUUCAGCUGGACCCGAAGUGGAAAACGGCUUCUCUCUGAGACGCUAUGAUUCAGGGAUCGGUGAAGACCACACCUCGGCUGCAGCGAGCGAGGCCGAUCUCUCAUCCUCAGGUGUAACGCACGGUCCAGACGCCAUCUCAGAAGCGCUGUCCACUCUCUCUUCUGAGGUCAGAGGAGCACCUUCUGCUGACUCAAAGUCGAAGAAUGUAAAGGACAUCCUGCGCAGCUUGGUGAGCGCGCCGUCCGAAGACGUAAUGGUGGACCCCAGUCUGCUGCCCCCGUCGUUUUUGGGAUCUGUGAGCAACUUCGACAGGCGAUCAUCACCACAGUUUCGCUCAUUUGAUAGAAGUGUCGUCGUUGCGCCGAAGAAAGCGGGCACGUUGUCGUCUCAAGUGCCUUCUACCUCCGCCCAGACCUCCACUGCUGCUUCAGUCUCUGGUGGAACUUCAGUUGACAGUGUUGCUGUGGUUUCUUCAGUUGAUGCCUCCCAGGAUCCUUCUGAGGACUCGGCUGAUGCAGGAGGCCAGGUUCCAGCCAGCUCUAGCCUGCCAUCUGUCCCCCCACUCUCCCCUGUGACCCAGAACACAGCCCCCAAUAUGAGUAUCUCGGAGCGUUUGGAGCACGCGCUGGAAAAAGCAGCUCCUCUGCUGAGAGAGAUCUUUGUGGACUUUGCUCCAUUUCUCUCUCGGACUCUGCUGGGCAGCCAUGGUCAGGAGCUGCUCAUCGAGGGCGCCAGCUUGGUGUGCAUGAAGUCCAGCAGCUCUGUGGUGGAGCUCGUCAUGCUGCUUUGUUCUCAGGAAUGGCAGAACUCCAUCCAGAAGAAUGCUGGCCUGGCCUUUAUCGAGCUGGUCAACGAAGGCAGGCUUCUGAGUCACACAAUGAAGGACCACCUGGUUCGUGUUGCGAAUGAGGCAGAGUUUAUCCUGAGCAGACAAAGGGCUGAAGAUAUUCACAAGCAUGCAGAAUUUGAGUCCAACUGUGCUCAGUAUGCAGCAGAAAAGCGCGAUGAGGAGAAAAUGUGCGACCAUUUGAUCAGAGCUGCCAAAUUUCGUGACCACAUGACUUCCACUCAGCUCAUCCAGAAGAUAAUCAACAUUCUGACUGACAAACACGGAGCCUGGGGAAAUGUGUCUAUCAGCCGGCCGAGGGAGUUCUGGCGCCUGGACUACUGGGAGGACGAUUUAAGGCGGCGACGUCGCUUCAUCAGGAACCCCUUUGGAUCCAGUCACUCAGAAGCUACGCUCAAAGCAGCAGCUGAACAUGCGGCUGAUACUGGAGCAGCUGAGGAGGACAUUCUCAAGCAGCCCAUCAGAGGUCAGGCUCUGGGGAAUCAAAACUCUGAGAGCGAGAUGCCACUGGAUGGAGACGAUGACACUCUGUCGUCCUUAGAGGACAAGGACCUGGAGAACCUAACAGGCCCAGUAAAUGUGAGCAGCAGCGCUCAGCUCAUCGCUCCGGCUGCCGUGGUGAAAGGCACCCUGUCGGUCACCGCCUCUGAGCUCUUUUUCGAGGUGGAUGAAGACGAUCCGAGCUUUAAGGACAUCGAUCCAAAGGUUUUGUCCUACACAGAAGGUCUUCAUGGAAAAUGGCUGUUCACAGAGAUCCGUGCUGUCUUCUCCAGACGCUACCUGCUGCAGAACACUGCUCUGGAAGUGUUCAUGGCAAACAGAACGGCCGUCAUGUUCAACUUCCCAGAUGCAGCUACAGUAAAGAAGGUGGUCCACAGCCUUCCUCGUGUUGGAGUGGGCACGAACUUUGGCCUACCUCAGACCCGACGCAUCUCUCUGGCCACACCCAAGCAGCUCUUCAAGACAUCCAAUAUGACACAGCGAUGGCAACGCCGUGAGAUAUCCAACUUUGAGUACCUGAUGUUUCUGAACACUAUCUCUGGUCGUACCUAUAAUGAUCUUAACCAGUACCCAGUCUUCCCCUGGAUUCUCACAAACUAUGAGUCACCAGAACUGGACCUUACUCUUCCCAGCAACUACAGAGAUCUGUCCAAGCCUAUUGGAGCUCUGAACCCCAAGAGGGCAGCCUUCUUCUCAGAUAGGUAUGAGUCCUGGGAGGAUGAUCAGGUGCCGAAGUUUCACUAUGGGACCCACUACUCCACCUCCAGCUUCACCCUGAUGUGGCUGCUACGCAUCGAACCCUUCACCACAUUCUUCCUUAACUUUCAAGGAGGGAAGUUUGACCAUGCAGACCGCACCUUCUCCUCAUUGUCCAGGGCCUGGAGGAAUUGCCAGAGAGACACAUCUGAUGUUAAGGAAUUGAUCCCAGAGUUCUUCUAUCUGCCUGAGAUGUUUGUCAACGCCAACAACUACAACCUGGGAAAUAUGGAGGAUGGCACUGUGGUCUCUGAUGUGGAUCUUCCACCUUGGGCCAAAAGCCCAGAGGAGUUUGUUCGCAUUAACCGACAGGCUCUGGAGAGUGAGUUUGUGUCCUGCCAGCUUCACCAGUGGAUUGACCUGAUUUUCGGCUACAAGCAGCAGGGACCAGAGGCCGCUAGAGCUCUCAAUGUCUUCUACUAUCUAACGUAUGAAGGUGCGGUCAACCUGAGCUCCAUCAACGACCCGAUGCUCAGAGAGGCUGUGGAGUCCCAGAUCAGGAGCUUUGGACAGACUCCUUGUCAGUUGCUUAUUGAACCGCACCCACCUCGAAGUUCAGCCAUGCAAGUAUAUCUUCUCCUGCAGACUCCGCUGAUGUUUACGGAGCAGAUGCAGCAGGAUGUUAUCAUGGUGCUGAAGUUCCCAUCCAAUUCUCCAGUGACACAUGUCGCAGCCAAUACUCAGCCUGGUCUUGCGUCACCUGCCAUCAUCACGGUCACUGCCAGUCGCCUCUUUUCUGUAAACAAAUGGCAUGGCCUGACAGGUCAUCAGAACACUGGGGAGCAGCAGUACCAACUUCCUGUGGAAAUUGACCCUCUGAUAGCAAAUAACGUGGGCUCUCAUCGGCGUCAGAUCUCAGACCUUCUGGAUCAGAGCAUCCAGAUCAGCUCGCAGUGUUUUGUCAUCACUGCCGACAACCGCUUCAUCCUGCUGUGUGGCUUCUGGGACAAGAGCUUCCGGGUUUACUCUACUGACACAGGGAAGCUGACUCAGAUAGUGUUCGGACACAGGGACGUGGUGACGUGUCUUGCUCGCUCCGAGUCAUACAUCGGAGGAGACUGCUACGUCCUGACUGGUUCCAGAGAUGCUACCCUGCUGCUGUGGUACUGGAAUGGAAAGCACUGCAGCAUCGGGGAGAGCCCAGGGACAGGGUUUACCACACCAAGAGCCAUCCUGACCGGCCAUGACUGCGAGGUUACCUGUGUCAGCGUGUGUGCCGAGUUGGGUCUUGUCAUCAGUGGCUGCAAAGAGGGUCCUUGUCUGAUCCAUUCCAUGAAUGGAGACCUGCUUCGGACCCUUGAGGCCCCUGAGAACUGUCUGCGUCCCAGACUCAUCCAUUCCUCCACCGAAGGCCAUUGCUUGAUUUAUUACGACAAAGGGCAGUUCUGUCUCUUCAGCGUUAAUGGCAAACUGCUCAGACACAUGGAAGUGGAAGACAGCAUCAAGGCCAUGCAUCUGAGUCGAGACGGUCAGUAUCUACUGACAGGUGGAGAUGGAGGUGUUGUGUCCGUCUGGCAGGUCUCUGACUUCAAACAGCUCUUCACCUACCCUGGCUGUGACGCAGGAAUCCGAUCCAUGGCGAUGUCACAUGACCAACGGUGCAUCAUCACCGGCAUGGCAUCAGGCAGCAUCGUCCUCUUCUACAACGACUUCAACAGGUGGCAUCAUGAGUACCAGACCAGAUACUGAGGUUAAAUGUGAACUUUUAUCAAAUGCUCUACUCCGUCUACAGCCUCAUGUUCUGAAUGUAUCUCAAUGGAAGGAGAAAAAGAAUCUGUAAUGUGUGGGUAAAAGCAACAAACUAUUUUUAAAAAGGGCAUUGCUAUAUUUUGUAGAUUCAAUAGAUAAUUUUUCCUAUAAACUUUAAGGCAGGGGAGGGUUCUGUAACUGUUGUGGGUAAAAAAAAAAAAAAAAUCUAUUUUUAGCUGUAAGAGUCUAUUUUCAUCUCCUGCAGGAAAGAAAUGAGGGACAUGUGGGGCGUUAGGCUUAAAAAUCCAAAUAUUUAAGUUUUUUGGGUUGAGUGAUUCAUGUUGCGUGUGGGGAAUAAUUUUGGAACUAUGCUUUACUCAAAUAUGCUUUUUCUUAUGUUGGAAACAGCAAGGAGAUAGGAAAUGUUAUCAAAAAUAAAUAAAUGUACUUGUUGGAAAGAUUUAAGGGAAAGCCCAUUUAUGUUAUCAAAAUACAAGCCCUCUUUAUUUAAGCUGUCUACUUCCUCUGUAACUCUGUGCUUGCUUUGAGAUUAUAUGACUCAUGGUCAACAUUUACCAGUUUAUUUAAUACUUCUGCAAUCCUAAUCCUCUCUGCAUCAGCGAUUAAAGAAGUCUUUAGUGUAAACAGAUCAUUUCUAUGACAUUUCCUCUUUAAACGACUGAAUAAGUACUUAACUAGUUUUCUUCUAAUUGAAUGCCUCAGCCAGUCUGAAAGUCCAGAGUUAAGUCUCCAAAGCAGCAAAGGUCAGCAAGAGAUGUGCAACCUAAGGAAAGACUUUCCAUUUUUGCUUCUUUUAAAGAAAAAAAAUCUUACUCAUUUAUUUACAGAAUAACCAGUUAUGAUUUGUUUUCCAGCACCAAAUUCUGUUGAGAUAAAUCUUCUCUUUAACAAGCAUCCAACUACAGUAUAUCUAUCUGAAUAUAAAGGAAACAUUCCUUUCUUUAAAGUUUGUGCUUCAUUGUUGUUUCACUCUAUGAUUAUAUGGGAAUGAUGGAUAACUCAUUAUUUUUGCAAUCAUUUGGAGUGUUUUUGUUUGUUGAGUUCUGACAAUAAAAAUAAGUUUUAUUACUUGAAA